GGAUCAGAGGGCACGCCUAUUGUAAUCAGAAAACUCCAAGAAUAGCAGCAGGGAUGGAUGAACAGGCUCUUUUAGGGCUAAAUCCAAAUGCUGAUUCAGACUUCAGACAAAGGGGGCAGUAGCUGAAGUGCCUCUGUUGCCACUUAGAAGCAGCAAUCUCUAGAGCAUUAGAAAAAAGGCCCUGGCCUAUUUUGAGCAGUUAAAGAUUUCCCCAGAUGCCUGGCAAGUGUGUGCUGAAGCUCUGGCCCAAAGGACAUACAGUGAUGAUCACAUAAAGUUUUUCUGCUUUCAAGUACUGGAACAUCAAGUUAAAUACAAAUACUCAGAACUAACUACAGUUCAGCAACAACUAAUUAGGGAGACGCUCAUCUCUUGGCUUCAAGCUCAGAUGCUGAAUCCCCAACCAGAGAAGACCUUUAUACGAAAUAAAGCAGCCCAAGUCUUCCCCUUGCUUUUUGUUACAGAAUAUCUCACUAGAUGGCCCAAGUUUUUUUUUGACAUUCUCUCAGUAGUGGACCUAAAUCCAAGGGGAGUAGAUCUGUACCUCCGAAUCCUCAUGGCAAUUGAUUCAGAGUUGGUGGAUCGUGAUGUGGUGCAUACAUCAGAGGAGGCUCGUAGGAAUACUCUAAUAAAAGAUACCAUGAGGGAGCAGUGCAUUCCAAACUUAGUGGAAUCAUGGUACCAAAUCUUACAAAAUUAUCAGUAUACUAAUUCAGAAGUGACAUGUCAGUGCCUUGAGGUAGUUGGGGCUUAUGUCUCUUGGAUAGACUUAUCCCUUAUAGCCAAUGAUAGGUUUAUAAAUAUGCUGCUAGGUCAUAUGUCAAUAGAAGUUCUACGGGAAGAAGCAUGUGACUGUUUAUUUGAAAUUGUAAAUAAAGGAAUGGAUCCUGUUGAUAAAAUGAAACUAGUAGAAUCUUUGUGUCAAGUAUUACAGUCUGCUGGGUUUUUCAGCAUUGACCAGGAAGAAGAUGUUGACUUCCUGGCCAGAUUUUCUAAACUGGUAAAUGGAAUGGGACAGUCCUUGAUAGUUAGUUGGACUAAAUUAAUUAAGAAUGGGGAUAUCAAGAAUGCUCAAGAGGCACUACAAGCUAUUGAAACAAAAGUGGCCCUGAUGCUGCAGCUACUAAUUCAUGAAGAUGAUGACAUCUCUUCUAAUAUUAUUGGAUUUUGUUAUGAUUAUCUUCAUAUUUUGAAACAGCUUACAGUGCUCUCGGAUCAGCAAAAAGCUAAUGUAGAGGCAAUCAUGUUGGCCGUUAUGAAAAAACUGACUUACGAUGAAGAAUAUAACUUUGAAAAUGAGGGUGAAGAUGAAGCCAUGUUUGUAGAAUACAGAAAACAACUGAAGUUGUUGUUGGACAGGCUUGCUCAAGUUUCACCGGAGCUACUGCUGGCUUCUGUUCGCAGAGUUUUUAGUUCCACACUGCAGAAUUGGCAGACUACACGUUUUAUGGAAGUUGAAGUAGCAAUAAGACUGCUGUAUAUGUUGGCAGAAGCUCUUCCAGUAUCUCAUGGUGCUCACUUCUCAGGUGAUGUUUCAAAAGCUAGUGCUUUGCAGGAUAUGAUGCGAACUUUGGUAACAUCAGGAGUUAGUUCCUAUCAGCAUACAUCUGUGACAUUGGAGUUCUUCGAAACUGUUGUUAGAUAUGAAAAGUUUUUCACAGUUGAACCUCAACACAUUCCAUGUGUCCUAAUGGCCUUCUUAGAUCAUAGGGGUCUGCGGCAUUCUAGCGCCAAAGUGCGGAGCCGAGCUGCUUACCUGUUUUCCAGAUUUGUCAAGUCUCUAAAUAAACAAAUGAAUCCUUUCAUUGAAGAUAUUCUGAAUAGGAUACAAGAUUUAUUAGAGCUUUCUCCACCUGAGAAUGGUUACCAGUCUUUGUUGAGCAGCGAUGAUCAACUCUUUAUUUAUGAGACAGCUGGAGUGCUGAUUGUUAACAGUGAAUAUCCUGCCGAACGGAAACAAGCAUUAAUGAGAAAUCUGUUGACCCCACUAAUGGAGAAGUUUAAAAUUCUGUUAGAAAAGUUGAUGCUGGCACAAGAUGAAGAAAGGCAGGCAUCACUAGCAGACUGUCUCAACCAUGCCGUUGGAUUUGCCAGUCGAACCAGCAAAGCUUUCAGCAACAAGCAGACUGUGAAACAAUGUGGCUGUUCCGAAGUUUAUCUGGACUGUUUACAGACAUUCUUGCCAGCACUCAGUUGCCCCUUACAAAAGGAUAUUCUCAGAAGUGGAGUUCGGACUUUCCUUCAUCGAAUGAUUAUUUGCCUAGAGGAAGAAGUUCUUCCAUUCAUCCCGUCUGCCUCAGAACACAUGCUCAAAGAUUGUGAAGCAAAAGACCUCCAGGAGUUCAUUCCUCUUAUCAACCAGAUUACAGCCAAGUUUAAGAUACAGGUAUCUCCUUUUUUACAGCAAAUGUUCAUGCCUCUGCUUCAUGCAAUUUUUGAAGUGUUGCUCCGACCAGCAGAAGAAAAUGACCAGUCUGCUGCUUUAGAGAAGCAAAUGUUGCGAAGGAGUUACUUUGCUUUCCUGCAAACAGUCACAGGCAGCGGAAUGAGCGAAGUCAUAGCAAAUCAAGGUGCAGAAAAUGUAGAACGAGUUCUGGUUACUGUUAUCCAAGGAGCAGUCGAAUAUCCAGAUCCAAUUGCCCAGAAAACGUGUUUUAUCAUCCUCUCCAAGUUGGUAGAACUCUGGGGAGGUAAAGAUGGACCAGUGGGAUUUGCUGAUUUUGUUUAUAAGCACAUUGUCCCUGCAUGUUUCCUAGCACCUUUAAAACAGACCUUUGACCUGGCAGAUGCGCAAACAGUAUUGGCUUUGUCUGAAUGUGCGGUGACAUUGAAAACAAUUCAUCUCAAACGGGGCCCAGAAUGUGUUCAGUAUCUUCAACAAGAAUACCUGCCUUCCUUGCAAGUAGCUCCAGAGAUAAUUCAGGAGUUUUGUCAAGCGCUUCAGCAGCCUGAUGCUAAAGUUUUUAAAAAUUACUUAAAGGUAUUCUUCCAGAGAGCAAAGCCCUAAGGACUGGAUCUCCCUGUGCCUACUUUAUGAUCAAGAAUUCCAGUUAAUAAUUUAUAAAGAAGCAGUUUUUGUGUGCCAUUCACACUGGUCUUUUUAACAUUGCUUUAAGCUUAUUGCAGUAUAUGUAUUGGAACUUUUCCUGUAAAAUGGGUGUAAUUUUCUCUGAAUACAGGUAUGUGACAACAAGAGAAGUUGCUUGCAUGCCAGUUCAAAUUGUUCUAUAUAAAAAUGCUGUUAAAAGAUACAGCACGGUUAUCUUAGUACCCCCCCCUUUUUUUUUUUUACUGGAAAUGUUAAAUCCUUUAUAAAGACCACAUAGCAGGAAAACAGUGUGCUUUUUUUCAAUUGCUAAAUAUGUUUGAACAUGUUAAUUUCCUUUUAUGUGUGCAGACUCCAAAUAUGGGGAGAAUACAACAAAUCAAAACUAAUUUUUUGUAGAUAGCCAUUACAUUUCUUUAAACUGUUUCGAUGCCAAUGUGUGUUCUACAAAAGAGAAUGGUUUCAUAAAUUAACUGAUUUAAGAGUAGGUGUCAGUGUUACACACUUUUUAUAAAAAAAAUAAAUUUUACGUAGUGAAAUCUACCAUGUCUUUUUUGGAAUUAUUAUAAAUAGUCUUAUUUUCUUAUCUCUCCCUGAUUUCCCAUUUAAAGAUUGGACAUUUAGGCUUAUGGAUGAUUUAUGCUCUCAAAACGUUAUAUGCAACAUAGUUCUGUUGGACUCUUUUUUUUUUGUUUUUAUAUUCCUUAUUUUGAGAGAGGGAAAACGAGUUUAGGAGGGGCAGAGAGAGAAGGAGAGAGAGAAUCCCAAGCAGGCCCUUCAUGGUCAACAUGGGAGUCCAUUGUGGGGCUUGAACUCACAAACCCUGAGCUGAAAUCAAGAGUUGGUUACUUAACUGACGGAGCCACCCAGGUGCCUCUGUUAGACUUUUUUUUAAGAUGCUAGAAAAAGCAUGUUUCAAUCUGUUGAUAGAAUUUAAAAUCCAAUUUCCCCCUCCUUUAUUGGAUUUACUUAGGACACUAUACCUAUGUGUUAAUGAGGCUUACGAGUAGCUGCCCAUUCAGUUACUAAAAGUACUUACCGCUGUUUUUAUUCAUGGCUAUGCAAGGAAGCAAGAGGAAAAGUAUCAGUAGUAAGUAGUAUUGGAAAACUAAGAAAGGAGGGACAAAUUGAACAGUAGAAUUAAAUUGCUGCAGUCAUAUAAGUUUAAAUUCUAAAAGCCUAAGGAAGAUUUUAGGGGAUUGUUGGUUUCGUUUUUCUUUUCAAACUUGGGCCCAUGUGGUUCCCCUAUGGGUUUCACGAUGGGGCUCCCUUAAACUAUUCUGAAUGAUAUACGUAAAUCUUUUUCUAGGGUUAAUUCCAUAAGUGAUUUUAAACAUUUUCCUUCAUCAUAGGACAAAGGUACUAAAGUAAAUUAACAGUUGUCAGAAUAGAUCAGUGAAAUGUAUAUUUCAAUAAAAAUAUCUUCAAAAGUAGAUAAGUGAGGGGCACCUGGCUGGCUUAGUCAUAUAGAGCAUAUGACUCUUGAUCUCAUGGUCAUGAGUUCAAACCCCAUGUUGGGUAUAGAGAUUACUUAAAAAAAACAAACAAACAAAAAAAAAACCAAGUUAAAAAGUGAAAGCUUGAGUGUUUCAUUGAUAAGUUUUCCUAUACGGUGGGAAAGACCAUUGGCAUCUGUUAUCGGAGCACUAAUUUUUCAAAGGACUAACAAGUCACAUAGUGUAGUGGUUAAGAGUUAAGACAGGUUCCAGAUCCAGAGUAAGUAGGUUCAGGUAACAGUUCUGCCAGUCACUGGUUUUUAGAAGUUUAAGCAAGUUAAAUUUCUCCCUACCCCAGUUUUUGCAUCUGUGAAAGUGUGAAAUGAGCUUACAGUACCUGCUCAUGAAGGCUUCAUGCUAGCUAUGGCCACUGUACUAUUAGUUCCGUAUAUGUGAAGGUGACACCUCUUUUUCCCCUGUCUCUUUAAAGCCCUUCAAAAGAUUCACGUGUGUUCAGAGCCAAGCAAAAUCAAGACAUGGAAAUUAAGAGUCUGCAACAGAAGUUAAACUUCAUGUUCUAUAAUCAUGUAUAAUAAUUCCCAUUUUUUCCCUGAAGUUAUCCAGAGCACUUUAUUUAGGGACUACCAGAGCAAUUAGGCACCUCUGCUUCAUCAUGAAUUACCUUAUUUGUAGUUUCCAAAAACAAGCACCCAAAUAAUUGUCACAAGAGUGAAUCUCACCUCUUAACAGAUGGGGUCAUUGAGCCAAAAGACAGAUUUGUGUGACUUGACUACAGAACCACAAGGAUUUUAAGACACCUGGUCUAGUUCUGUGCCUAACAGUUUAUUUAAAGUCUUAAAUUUAGUUAACCAUAAGCUAGCUCACUUAAUACUGUUGUAUAUCAAUAUGCAUCACUUAUGUGGUAAAUAUGUGAAUCAAGGCCUUUGGCUCAGCUAAUCACAUUUUCUCCCAUAAAACUUUUGAGCUGUGGGUUUUACUGUUGUAAGGAACCUGAACAGAUCCCCUUCUUGUCAUUAGAUACAAGAGAAUUGAAAUUGGUUGUAAUUGUAAGCAGUAAACAUUUGUUGGAAUGGUUCCAUGACUUAAGCAUUGUUUAAAAGUCUAAUAAAGUAAUUUCCUUUGUAAUAACGCA